UGUGAGAGAGAGAGAGAGAGAGAGCUUCGUCUCUUUGCUUUGAUCCUAUACCCACCAAUCACAGACCCCACACCUAUCUUUGACUUCCACGAGAAUGCCAGCUUCUGAAGAGAGGCGAGGGAAAUGGAAGCGGAGGAGGCGAGGCGGAUUGGCGGCGAGGAAGCCGAAGCAGGAGGAGGACGAAGUGGAAGACGAGGAGGAGGAAAAUAACAACAACGAUGAUGCGUACGAUGUCGAUAACGCGGCGGAGGAGCCGCCGCUGCAGAACUGGAAUAAGCCAUUGGUGCUCGAGGAAAGCGGUACCCGUCUCUCGGAUUUUCCGGCGGUGGUCAGGCGCGGCGUGAUUCGGCCGCAUCCGUCCAUCUCAGCGGUUGCGGCAGCGGAGAGGGCAGGUCUGGUCGGGGAGACCAAGGGUCACUCUUCGCUACCGGCUCUGGAGAAUGUCUCGUACGGACAGCUUCAGGCGCUGUCUUCUGUGCCGGCGGAUUCUCCUGGGUUUGAUCCUGAGAGGAAUGAUGGGUCGUCUUCUGCUUAUGUCAUCUCUCCUCCUCCUAUUAUGGAAGGAGAAGGAGUUGCCAAACGGUUCGGGGAACUGGUUCAUGUGGUGCCUAUGCAUUCAGAUUGGUUUGCACCAGAUACUGUCAAUCGGCUUGAGAGGCAAGUGGUUCCACAUUUCUUCUCUGGAAAAUCUCCAAAUCAUACACCAGAAAAGUAUAUGGAGUUCAGAAACUCCAUUGUUGCAAAUUAUAUGAACGAUCCAGAAAAGAGACUCCUGUUAUCUGAUUGUGAAGGAUUGGUAGAUGAUAUUGACGAUGAAGAUUUAGCACGGGUUUUCCGUUUUCUUGAUCACUGGGGAAUAAUCAAUUAUUGUGCCACUACUGAGAGUAACCCUGAUUCUUCUAGUGAUGAUGUAUCAUGUGUAAGGGAGGAUGCAAAUGGCGAGGUUCACGUGCCGUCCUCUGCUCUAAAAUCUAUUGACAGUUUGAUCAAAUUUGACAAACCCAAAUGUAGACACAAGGCGGGUGAGGUCUAUUCAUCUUUUCCGUGUCGUGAUGGAGACUCCUCUGACUUGGACAGCCGAAUUCGUGAGCACCUUUGUGAAAUUCAUUGCAGUCAUUGCUCUCGUCCUCUCCCAACCUUGUAUUUUCAAUCUCAAAAGAAGGGGGAUGUACUCUUAUGUGCCGAUUGCUUUCACCAUGGAAAAUUUGUUAUUGGGCAUUCUUGUAUCGAUUUCAUAAGGGUAGAUCCAGCAAAAGAUUAUGGUGAUCCAGAUGGAGAUAAUUGGACCGAUCAAGAAACCCUUUUGCUUCUCGAAGCUGUGGAACUCUAUCAUGAAAAUUGGAUCGAGAUUGCGGAGCAUGUUGGCUCCAAAUCAAAAGCUCAAUGCAUCCUUCAUUUUCUCCGACUACCUGUAGAGGACGGUCUUUUGGAUAAUGUUGAGGUUCCGGGUAUAACCACAAAACCAGCACAUUCGACAAAUGGAUAUGAUCAAAGAGGAACAGAUUCAAAUGGGGAAUUACCAGGACCGUCUGAUCAGGGUUUUGAUAUCGACAUCGAUCUUCCUUUUGUAAAGUCUCCAAAUCCGGUUAUGGCAUUGGUUGCCUUUCUGGCAUCUGCUGUUGGACCUCGAAUUGCUGCCUCCUGCGCCCACGCUUCUCUGGCAGCAUUUUCCGAGGAUGAUAGGAUGAAUUCCAAGGGCCUGCAAGGUAGAGAAGCCAAUUUGUCUCAUGGAGAAAAUCUGCAGCAAGAUGAAAACUCAAGGUCACAUACAACAUCAUGUCAGAAUGGAGCUGAAGCAACUCCAUUGCCACAGGAUAAGAUUAUGGUGGCAGUAAGAGCUGGCCUAGCAGCCGCGGCAACAAAAGCAAAACUGUUUGCUGAUCACGAAGAACGCGAAAUCCAAAGGCUCUCUGCAAAUAUCGUUAAUCACCAGCUGAAGAGGAUGGAGCUGAAGCUGAAACAAUUUGCAGAAAUCGAGACCUUGCUGAUGAAAGAAUGCGAACAAGUAGAGAAAACCCGUCAGAGAUUUGCUGCUGAACGAGCCCGUAUGCUCUCCACAAGAUUCAGAUCACCCGGAGGAAUCUCGCCAACGGCAAACAAUCUUCCCGGUAUGCCUCCAUCCAUAGCUAACAACAGUUUCAUGAACAACAACAACAGCAGCACUCCGAGGCAGCAGCAGCAACAACAACAACAACUAACAGCUUCUUCCUCUUCUCACCCGAGCAUCCCGGGAUUCAGUAACAACCUGCAACAAAUUCACCCUCAGAUGCAAUUCAUGGCACGCCAACAGUCAGCUUUCUCACUUGGCCCGAGAUUACCUCUCAACGCCAUUCAGACAAAUGCAACUUCAACUGCUUCUCCAAACAUCAUGUUCGGGAACAACUUAGGUAAUAACUCCGUUGCAGCUCCUGGCAAUCAACCUUCUUCGUUUACUCACCCGAUAGUUAGAUCUUCCACUGGCUCUAGCUCUGGCAUAAACUGAGAACUCAUCUCUUUACCAUAUCUGCGGCUUGUUUCAUUCUGUCUUCUCCUUUAAGCCAAAAUGUUAAGUUAUUACAGCUUUUGAGACAGCAGAUUGUAAAACAUCUUGUAGUUUAGUUAGUGUCUGUAUCUAUUUAUAUCAUCCUUCAUGCAAACCCCUCUUGUGGACCC